GUUUGAUAGCAGAAGAAUGGUAGUUCCAGUUGUUCCUAGUGGGACUCUGCGUGACAUUUGCCACCAUAUAUUCCCGCAGCGUGCCGCCAUCGAUGUAGAGAGUUUGGAGCCUGAGUUGAAGGCCAAGACAAAAUAUAAUUUCCCCAAAGCAAAAGAGCUGUACUACAACAAAGGGCUCUAAAGAGAUCGAAGCUGGAACUUUGUGCCAUAGACUAUUCUAAGAUGACUACUGCCCUUCUGUGACCGCAGGCCGCUCGCACAUUUACGACUUUGUCGCACGCAACGAUAGAAAAGUCGGGCGGGAUCAAACAAUAUUGAGGCUUAUUUUAGAAACGCCUAAAGAGUAUUUCGCUCGUCUUUAUUUCUGAUAAAUGAGCUUACGUCCAAUAAUUCCAAAACAAGGUUUUUUUGCUACGAUGAUGGCAGUAUAUUUAGCGAAAUUAUAUUUAUUGAAACUGCCAUCUUCCUAUUUAUUAUUUGUCGUGAGUGUGUAGCGCGCCUUAUUUGAACACUUGUUAUAUUGGCUAUGCUAUACACUAAGGUAAGCUAUUUUAAGUGUUAGCCUAAAACAAUUAUAAUAGUUCUCAAUUAUAAUGAUAUGUAUUAAAUUAUUCGUUAAACGGUUAUUGAUGUUGUUAAUUUUAACAUAAAUGUUAGAUUGUUAAGAUUUCAUGCAGGGCAAAGAUUAUCAUAGACUUUAAUGUUAUUAUUCAUUCCAAUUUUUAAACUUCCAUUCCAUUUAUUUCUUUAAAAUAAUGUAUA